AUGGAUGUUGAUCAGGGCCGAGAGGCUUCCCACGAUACCCCAAGCCCACCCAUCGCACCCCAGUCGAAUAGCGACAGAGACUCCCGCGGUGAAGGUGAACUCCCUCUGCCGCCCCCGCCAGCAGAUGUCAAGAGUACCCAACUGACGGGAGAGGCCCGAGAGCGGCUUGAGCAUGUCCUCGGCUCGGACAUAGGCAUCAGUACACUUCUCAACCGCCUCAAGCAGAGCAUUAGCUCUGCACGCGACCUCUCUAGUUUCUUGAAAGAACGAGCGACGGUAGAAGAGAAACACGCACAGAGCUUAAAGAGGCUGGCAAGAGGUACACAUGAGCUCGUUCGAAGACCCGAGAGCCGAGGGGGUACCUUUGCCCAAUGCUUUGAAGAGUCCACCAAAAUCCACGACCGCAUGGCAGACAAUGGAGUGCAGUUCUCUCAAUCCUUAAUUCAUAUGCACGAUGAGCUUUUGGAGACGAUCGCGAAUACAGAGCGAUCCCGUAAGCACUGGAAGCAAACCGGUCUUGAGGCUGAGAAGAGGGUCAGCGAUGCAGAGAAUGCCAUGAACAAGGCCAAGGCUAGGUACAGCUCUCUGGCCGAGCAAUACGACCGCGCCAGGACAGGCGAGAAAUCUGGUGGCAAGUUUGGCAUCAAAGGUCACAAGUCUGCUGCACAGCAAGAAGAGGAUCUUCACCGCAAACUGGAGGCCGCAGAUGGCGAGUAUGCUACCAAGGUCCAGCAAGCGCAGGCGUCACGACAGGAUCUCAUCAGUACUCAUCGCCCUCAGGCCAUCCGCGCAUUGCAGGCACUGAUCAAGGAAUGCGACGCUGCGUUGGGCAUGCAGUUCUCAAAAUAUGCAGGCCUCAGCGAAAAGCUUCUACUUGGUAACGGCAUCUGUAUCAGCCCAUUGAAGAGUCAUGGAGGUCCAGCUCGUAGCCUACGCGACAUCGCACAAGGAGUGGACAACGAGAAAGAUUUCAAUGAUUAUGUUCUCAGCUUCACCACUAAAGCCGGACCAACACCGUCUGAGAUCAAAUAUGAGAAGCACCCCUCUUUGUCGUCGAAGCAGCAAAUGGCGCACCAACCAGCCACUCAUCCGUUCGAGGCCUCUCCAUCGCCAUACGGAACACCAGACAGAUCCAAUACAGGCCCUGGUGACUCUCCCUACAAUCAAGGCCGCCGGCCAAGCCAGUCUGGGCAAGUGUCUGGUGUCAUGCCUACAAGUGGCGAUCGAUCUGCAUCCGGGCCUCAGCAAUCUCAAUCUUACGGCAAUCCACCUUAUCUACAGAGUCCCGUUAACAACUCUCCUUUGCCACAGCUUCCACCUAUUGGGUCCAUGUCCAUGUCCGAUGGUCAAGAGCAGAGGCAGGAGCCUAGGCCUAGCACUCCAACCCAAUCACCAUCUAAUCAACAGUUCGGUCAGAGACCAGGGGGCCGUCCGUCCAUUGACAUCUACGGACCUGGAACUCAGGGACCUCCUGCGGGCCCAGGACCGAACGGUCCAAGCUUCCACCCCAACUCUCGUGGGCCCUCAAUGGAUAAUAAUGGACCAGCAAGCAGAGGUCCCCGAGGACUGUCAAUUGACAACAAUGGUCCUGGAAGCAGGGGACCCUCCAUGGGACAGCCUGGUGCGCCAGCCUAUACCUCACAGACAUACCAACAGCCACCAACGGAUUCGCGGGGCCCGCCUUCAGGACCUCAAGGUGGAAACAGCUAUACCUCGCCGACUGUGACCAGCCCUACCAGUGCUGCAGCAAUGCUGCCCAGUGGCCAGAGGCGCAAUGACUCGAACCGACCCAACUUGCCACCUCUUCGCCCUGUCUUCGGCGUCUCUCUCGACGAACUCUUUUCCAGAGAUGGCAGCGCUGUGCCAGCUAUUGUCUAUGAGUGUAUUCGCGCCAUUGAUCUCCAUGGCUUGGACACAGAAGGCAUCUACCGGACUUCGGGCUCCGCACCCAACAUUAUGGCCAUGAAGGCCCAAUUUGACCAUGACUCGUCACAAGUCGACCUACGCAACCCAGCCAGUUUCCAUCACGAUAUUGCGGCUGUGACAACUCUCUUGAAGCACUUCCUACGGGACCUCCCCGACCCCCUCCUUACCGCCGCUGCCUACUCACAACUAAUACAAGCGGCCAAGAUCGACUCGGAAGAUGUGCGUCGCGAUUCUCUGCAUGCUAUCAUCAAUAAUAUGCCCGACCCCAACUACGCAACCCUUCGCGUUUUGGCACUGCACCUUAGACGAGUAGCUCAGAGAUCCGACAAAAACCGGAUGCCAACUGCCAAUCUAGCCGUUUGUCUCGGUCCAACCUUCAUGGGCCAACAACCUGGUGCAUCGACGCCUGGCGGCCAAGCCCAGGGAAUGAACGGACCGGACAUCAAAGACGCAGGUUGGCAGGCGAGGGUUGUGGAGACGAUUCUCAACCACACUUACGAGAUCUUUGACGACGACUGA